UGUUUGCAGAUGUUCGUGAAAAUGCUGAGAAUGUGAGCUUGAUAGCUGUGUAAACGUCUAUGAAUUCUAUUCAUUUCUUACGAUCUUUCGUUUUUUAUCGUGUUCAAUACAUUUUAAAUAUUUGGAGACUUGCACUGCAGGAUUUAGUGAAUCUUGUAACAAAGUUGGUGGAGACAGGAAACUCCUAUACUUAUUACUUAAGUAGUAGUUGAUUAUUCUUGUAAAACAUGGCACAUUACAAAGGAGCAGCCAGCGAAGCUGGCAGAGCCAUGCAGCUGAUGAAGAAGCGAGAAAUUGCACAACAAGAAAUAGAACUACGAAAGAAGAAAAUCGAAGAUGACUUGAAGAUUCAUAAUAUAGAGAAUAAGUUUGCGACUCAUUACAAUGCUGUUGAACAACAAUUAAAGACUUCCACAAUUGGUUUGGUCACAUUAAAUGAGAUGAAAGCAAAGCAGGAAAAUAUAGUAAAAGAACGGGAAAGGAAGCUUGCCCAGAAGGAACGAGAAAAAGAACAAGAAAAGGAAAGAGCAUUAGCAGCAAAACAGGCAGAAAAGAACAAACAGAAAAGACAGAUUCAAGCGUUGUCUUUUAAUUUAGAUGAAGACGAAGACGAAGAUGAAGCUGAAGCUGAAGCUGAAGCUGAAAUUGAAAUUUCUGACAAAAAUAAUACAGAAAAAUCUAUAAAAUCAGAUGAUAUUCAAUGUAAUAAGAAAAUUAAAAAAAACCCAGAUGUAGAUACAAGUUUUUUACCAGAUAGGGAAAGAGAAGAAGAGGAAAAUAAACUUAGAGAGGAAUUGAGACAAGAAUGGGCUAGAAAGCAGAAUGCAUUGAAGGAAGAAGAAAUUGAAAUCACAUUCAGUUAUUGGGAUGGAUCUGGCCAUCGUAGGAGUGUUAUAAUGAAGAAAGGUAAUUCUAUCUAUCAGCUUCUUCAGAGAUGUCUGGAAGUCCUGAGACGUGAAUUUAGUGAGCUUAAAACAGUAAUGGCAGAUCAGUUAAUGUAUGUCAAGGAGGAUCUUAUAUUACCACAUCAUUAUACAUUCUAUGAUUUUAUCGUAACUAAGGCACGAGGAAAAAGUGGGCCUUUGUUCACAUUUGACGUUCAUGAUGAUAUUCGAGUUAUGCAUGAUGCUUCUGUCGAAACUGAAGAAUCACAUGCUGGAAAAGUUUUACUUAGAUCAUGGUACGAGAGGAAUAAACACAUUUUUCCAGCAAGUAGAUGGGAACCCUUUGAUCCAACAAAAAGUUAUGACAAGUAUACAGUAUCAGAUAAAAAUAGGAAAAAAGAUAAGAUCUAA